CGAAGAAGAAGAAGAAGAAGAAGAAGAAGAAAAGACGAAGAAGCGAGUCAGGAGAAGAAGAAAAGUAAACAGAAGAAGUUAGAAGUAGAAGAAGAAGAAGAAGAAGUAGAAUAG